CCGCUGUCUUGCGUAAUGACGUCACUCAAUGACGUCGGCUGGCUGGCAACGCGAUGACGCCGUUCCGUCUCCAGGCGCAGCAGGACGCACGGAGAAUCCGGAGGGACGGAGCAGUGCGACCUGUAGAAUAAACACCGAGAUCGCGAGAACAUAGUAACUGUAAUAAAUACAAUAACUGGAUUGUGGAUGUUUGUAUCUUCCUUGGCAAAUUUGUCGGACAGAGACGAUUUAUUAGCUGGAAACAAAAGAAAUGGCUGACCUGGGGUUCGGUGAGCACCACCAGAACGAGGUGGUCAACUACAUGCGCUUCGCGAGGUCCAAGAGGAACUUGAGGCUCAAGACCAUCGACUCCUGUUUCCGGGACCUCAAGGACAGCAGGCUGGUGGAGGAGACGUUCACCGUGGACGAGGUGUCGGAGAUGCUGGAGGGCCUGCAGGCCGUGGUGCGAGGCGAGGUGGAGACCGAGCUCAUCAACACGGCCCACACCAACGUGCUGCUCCUGCGACAGCUCUUCUCGCAGGCCGAGAAGUUCUACCUGAAGCUGCAGACGGACGUGUCGGAGCUGGAGAACAGGGACCUCCUGGAGCGGGUGGCUGAGUUCGAGAAGGCCGAGUUCAGGAGCACCAACAAGAAGAGCCAGCAGGAGCCGAGCAAAGCCAAGCUGGCCCCUUUGAACGAGGGAGGCGUUUCCGAGCUCCUGAACAAGGAGAUUGCCAGACUUCAGGAGGAGAACAACAAGCUGAAAGCCAGGCUCCGGACCUUAGAAUCGCAGGCCACAAACGCCUUAGACGAGAAGCUGAAGGUGGAGCAGGCCCUCAAGGACCUACAGAAGGUCCAAGGAGAUCAUCAGCUUGCCCUCCGGUCCCAGGAGAUCAGCAAGCUGGAGGACACGGUGGCGGCGCUCAAGACCGACUUCCAGAAAUCCAUGAACGACAGCACGGCCUCCCAGAAAGACCUGCAGGACAACCUGGUCUUGGCGAAGCACGAUCUGCUUCGGGUGCAGGAGCAGCUGGCCCAGGCUGAGAAGGAGCUGGAGAAGAAGUUCCAGCAGACAACCGCCUACCGCAAUAUGAAGGAGAUCCUCACCAAGAAGAACGAGCAGAUCAAGGAACUGAGGAAGCGGCUGCAGAAGUAUGAGUCAGAUGAGUGAGUCCCUCUGUCGUGUACGUGGCUCAGAAUGGAUGAAGGAAGAAGGAGUGACCAGAAAUCAAGGAGAAAGGAGAGUUUUCAUUGGCGAUGCGCUCUUUCCACGUUGCCGGUUGAAGAGUCGGGAGACUCGGAAAUAAAGAUGCGAUUUGUA